CAGGCUGGAGCAAUAGCCGCGCCUGAAUCACUUUUCCGCCCAGUUCCGGAUAAAAGUUUCAUGGAUUAUUUCCAGGUCAAGUUGCAGAUUGGCGCUAAAUUGGAAGCAUCUGAUAUGUGUGAGAAUCAUCUAAUCUGCCCAGCUACGGUUGCAGCGCACAAAGGGCGCUUGCUUCAGAUUCAUUUCGACGGGUGGGAGGAUUCGUAUGAUCAACUGUUUGACGUUUUUUCAAGUGAUAUUUUCCCAUUGGGUUGGUGCGAAAUGCAUGGUUACAAGCUCGAACCACCAAAGGCGGAAGAGGAACAACCUGCGAAGAAAAAGAAAAAGAAGUGA